UGAUGGAGAGGAAACACUAGGGCCUGGAAAUUAAUAAAUCUGACUGUAUUUUUGUGUCCAGAGUGAAAGCUCCUGGCCAUGGCCGGCAUGAGGAGAGUAAACGGGAAGUUCUCCAGAAUCAACCCGGCUGUCAGUUGUUGUCGCCUGCGUCAGGUCCAAGCUCUGCUCCGUGGAGGAGGAACUUCCUGUCCUGAUGGCAUCCUCUGCUCUCUGGGAAUCGACAGCAGAUAUAACAUGGGCUGCACCGAGCUGGCAAAAUACCUUUUCUAUGAGCUUUAUGGACAGAAUCAGCUGAACCUGGAGCAGGCCUUGGAAGAGUUUCCUGAAGAAACGUUGGACGACGUGAUCCUCCUGAUAAAGGCCGAGUGUGUUCACCUUUACUGCAACCCACAGAACUACGGCUACCUGCUGCCCUACGUGUCGCACUGGAGGAACCUGCGCCUCUACUGCAUGAUGGAGGCCGAGUACGAAGACCAAGAAGCAGCAGAAGAAUUCAAAAUCUCCAGUUUUGUCGCGAUGGUGCAGGACUGCCAUCGUAUCGGCGUCCCCUACAGCUCUCAGGGACAUGUCCAGAAGUUUGACAUCUUCACGGUGGAAAAGUGGCCCCUGAUCCAGGCGUUCGCCCUGGAAGGCAUCGGAGGAGGAAGUUUCUUUACCAUCAAAUACAAGCUGAUGGACAUGAGUGAGAAGCUGUGGCAGGUUUAUAACCGACUGGACCCGGUGUCCCUGGAGAACCUCCUGGCCGAGGACCUGGGGUGUUUUGAGAAGCAGUGGAGCAGCUUCUUCUCCAGCCUGGACCUGGAGACUCACCUGUCCAUCCUGGACCUGUCUGAGGCCCAGGCAGGGGAGGCGUUUCGUACUUUCUACACUCAUGGACUGAUUUCAAACAACAUCACAGAGAAAAGUAAACGCCGUCAGCCAUUUGUGCUGUUCGGAAAACAUUCGUCUUCAGAGGAUCUGGACAAUUAUUCCUUCAGCUUUCCCUCAGAGAGCCAUCAGGUCCGGAACACGGGUUCUGAAGGUUCUGCAGCCCAGCACAUGGUUCUUCAAUGCGUCGCUCCUGUAGGACCUCUGUCGUGCUCCCGGACGUAUUUCUUUGGUUCUACCCACAGGCCAUACAUCGGCGCUCCACCAUCAGAGCAGAUCAAAGCAGACGUCCUGGUUUUGUCUCAGAUUUAUUCGGCUGUGGUUGGCGGAGUCCUCUCAGGCAUCAAAUGUUUCUCCUCCACCUCCAGCCUGACAAAGGCUAAAGAUGUAGCGGAGAACACCUUCCUGACGGCGCUGGACUCGGCCAGUUUAGGUCACUACCGCAGUUUUCUCAGGUCCAGAUGUGCUUUCAGCAUUCAAGCUGUGAACCAACAGGGCACGAUCAUUCCUCUGACUGACGAAGGCAGCCGCUACGUCGUAAAAACAGCGUCCAUGAUCGUCCACGAUGUCCCCGAUCUGCAGAGGAACACGGGGAGCCUCGGCUCCGUGGUCUUCUCCGAGUCCUUCCUGGAGUCCAGCAUCAACAUUCAGCACAGAGAUGGCACCGCGUCCUCAGACAGCUGCUUCACCGUCCUGACAGGAACCGUCCCCCGGUACGCCUGUUGGCUGAUGGAGUCGGAUGUGAGGCGGUCUGAGCAGGCCCAGCAGCUCGCUAAAGAGGAGGACGGGAGCUUCCUGGGAGCUGCUCUGACGGCAGCAGACGCUGCGUACAUCCUCUGCAGCGGACAUCUGUCCUCUCCUGGAGAAGGGAAACUCAUUUUCUUCUCCGAGGGCCUCCUGUUUGUCCACUCUCAGUUUGGGAGCAUCACCGUCUCCAAGAGCCACAUCACAAACAUCAUCUUCUACGACCCGGACUCGGUGGGCGUGGCCUCUCUGUUCGUAGAGUACGAUGCCAGCCUGCUGCCACACCUCCCCUUCCCCCUGCACAGCCGGGACCAGAGUCUGGUCUUUGCCCUUCAGCCCAGGUCCAGGAGUCACAGGUCCUUCUACUCCAAGGUUUUAUCUGUGUGGAAACGUUCUGAGUCUGGACUCAGAGUGCAGCUGUUGGACCGGGACCAGCUGUCCUCAGACCAACAGAACCUGCACAACAAACUGCAGCUGCUUCACGACGCUCAGGAGCCACCUGUGGCCAAACGCAGGAGCAGCCUGAAGACCUGGUACCAGCUGGUACCGGUACCGACCCAAACAAUGUUUCUGCAGCACUUCGCCCUCAGCAGCAUCAGUCAGGAGCCCAUUCUGGACCAGCACCUGGAGGUUCUGUUCCCAUCAGCCGAGCUCAGGACCCCGGCUCCUCAUCAGGGGGACGAGGUUGUCAUCAGCAUCAUAACUGGACUCCCAGGAAGCCACAAGAACAAACUCUGCAGCCGUUUACUUCGCCUGAGCCUGGAGUCCGGAGGGUGUGCAGCGUAUCGGCCCGACAGCUUCUCAGCCACGCACCUCCAGCAGUACUUGACCAACUUCCUCCGGAGCAGGAGAGAGAGGAGCAAACGACGCCUGUUGCUACUCACGCCUGGAUACACAGAUGUUCUGGACGUGGUCCAGGCUGUGCUCUUUCAUCCUGACCCAGCUGUGCGAGCCGGUUCCACCAUCGGAGCAGUCACCGCCUGCGUGGACCCACUUUCUUCCUGCAUGGAGCACAGGCUAACGUUUCCAAAGCUCCUGGAGCAGUGCAGCCAAGGCUUUGUGAGUGCCGUGGUGUUCACGGGGCUGACAGCGGAGGAGAAGAGCCCCCUGGUGCAGCACGUUCAGCAGCUGGUACGCUCCGCUAACCCCACGGCUGCGUUCAUACGAGCAGAGAGAGGAGCUGUCAUCAGGGAUGAAGACCUGUGUAUGAUUCUGUCUGAGAGCAGCUUCAGUGAGCCUCAGAUGCUCAGAGCCCGUUACGUCCUCUACCCCGGAUGGUGCAGAGGACACAUGUCCUCUGGGUCUGAGGGUCUGGUCUUCACGCAGCAGCUCGUGGCUUUCAGCCGGCCCCUGGAGAGGUCUCUGUUCGUCUCCCGCUGUAAAGCCUUCAGGUCCUCCCUGAAGUCCAGUCCCUUCAUGGGAAACAUCUACAACGUCUGGGGACGAGUCCAGUUUUCUGACUCAGACUGGACAAUGGAGGUUUGCUACAACGCAGCGAACGGGAGCCUGAGUAUUGUCCCAGAUCAGAACCCGGACCACCCAACUCCAGGCCCAGAGGAGCCGGAGCCGCCCUGCUUCCUGGUCUUUGAUGGUGUGGGUCUGACUCAGGACGGACUGAAGGACUGGCUGAGGCUCUGUGCCAAGCAGAAGCAGGAAGUGAAAAUGAAAAAGAGCCGAAAUACUCUUUCACUCCAAGAACUCAGCAGCAUCCACACGGCCCGACACCUGGACCCCCUGCCUCCAGGUUAUUUCUACAACGGCCAUCAAUACGUCGACAUCUUUGGAGAGAAACAGAAUGUCCAUCCCAACAUGAAGGAGUUUAUCGAAGAGUACGUUGCCGAGGCCAACAAAGAGAUCGAUGCUUUCAACCGCAGGCAGGAGGAGCAGCCCGACCUGUUCGACCCGUGAUACAGUUCUGUCUGUGUCAUCAUUAUGGACGUCCAAAUCCUGAACAUUUGAAAUACGCCCGUCGAAGGCAGACGUAUAAUGCAGUAGUUCCCAACCCUGGUCCCUGAGGAACACCAUCCUGCAUGUUUUAGUUGUUUCUCUGCUCCU